UUCCUCUCUCUCUCUCUCUCUCUCUCUCUCUCUCUCUCUUCUCCCACAAUGAUCAUACCCUCAUCAAACACAAUGAGGCUUGUUCUUAUUCUCUUCUAUCUCCUCCUCUUCUUUUCUUUCAAAGUUGAUGCCAAGUGUAGAAGUGGUUGUAACCUUGCCAUAGCUUCAUACAACAUAUGGGAAGGCACAAACCUCACUUACAUAAGCCACAUCUUUGGCAAAAAAAUCUCUGAAAUCCUCUCAUUUAACCCGAAUAUCCAGAAUCCGAAUAUGAUAUGGGUCAAUACCCGGGUCAACAUCCCAUUUCCAUGUGAGUGCUUGAAUGGUGAUUUCUUGGGCCAUACUUUCACCUACAAAACUCAACCUUCUGAUACCUAUGCCAAGAUUGCUGAGGUGGUUUUUGCCAAUCUCACAACCAUAGAGUGGAUCCAAACGAUGAAUGUGUACGACCCGACCCAGAUACCCGAAUAUGUGCCCGUUAAUGUGACAGUGAAUUGUUCGUGUGGCGAUGGGCAGGUUUCCAUGGAUUAUGGGUUGUUUGCGACGUACCCGCUUCAACCCGGUGAGGAUUUGUGGUCAGUGGCAGCAGAGUCCGGCGUGGAGGCGCAGUUGCUCCGGCGUUAUAAUAUGGGGUCCGACUAUGGUAAUGGGUCGGGUAUAUUGUUUGUGCCGGCGAAAGAUCAAAAUGGAACUUACCCUCCAUUUAAAUCAAGCUCAAAAGUUGAAGCAAGAGGAAUCACUGGUGGAGUGAUUGCGGGCAUAUCUGUUGCAGGAGUUGCUGGGGCUCUGAUGUUUGCAGUUUGUUUCUAUGUUGGGUUCUGCAGAAGGAAUAAGAAGAAUGUGGUGGUGGAGGGCUCAUUUCUCAGAAAUGCAUUUGAUGAUCAUCAUCAUGCACUUGACCAAGAGCUUGGUCCCGUAAUUAGCUUGGAGGAAACUUCAGAAGAAGGACCUCUUGUAGGUAGCGGUGCUUCCCAAGGGAUUAAGGGUAUCACUGACAAAUCAGUGGAGUUCUCUUAUGAAGAGCUUUCCAAGGUUACAAAUGACUUUAGCAUUGCUAAUAAGAUUGGUCAAGGUGGCUUUGGGUCUGUUUACUAUGGAAAGCUACGAGGCCAGAAAGUUGCAAUUAAGAAGAUGGAUAUGCAGGCAUCAAAAGAAUUCCUUGCUGAGCUUAAAGUUCUAACACGAGUUCAUCACUUGAACUUGGUGCAUUUGAUAGGUUACUGUGUGGAGGGCUCAUUGUGUUUAGUCUAUGAAUACAUUGAGAAUGGCAACUUAAGUCAACAUCUGCGUGGUGUAGGGAAAGAUCCAUUGUCAUGGUCUACUAGGGUACAAAUUGCCCUCGAUUCAGCUAGAGGACUCGAAUACAUCCACGAGCAUAUUGUCCCUGCCUAUAUUCAUCGUGAUAUUAAGUCAUCAAAUAUUUUGAUAGAUAAAAAAUUCCGUGCAAAGGUUGCAGAUUUUGGGCUAACAAAAUUGAUUGAAGUUGGGAGUACCUCAUUGCACACGCAUCUCGCGGGUACUUUUGGAUAUAUGCCGCCAGAGUAUGCUCAGUACGGGGAAGUUUCCCCCAAGACAGAUGUAUAUGCUUUUGGAGUUGUUCUUUAUGAAUUAAUAUCUGCUAAGGAAGCCAUUACCAAGACAACUGACGUUGUUAGUGAAUCAAUAGGACUUGUUGCUUUGUUUGAUGACAUUCCUAAUCAGUCUGAUCCUAAAGAAUAUUUGUGCAAACUAGUUGACCCCAAGCUUGGUGAUGACUACAUUCUUGACUCAGUCCGUAAGAUGGCACAACUUGCCAGAGCUUGUACACAAGAAAAUCCUCUAUUGAGACCGAGCAUGAGAUCAAUUGUGGUUGCACUAAUGACACUUUCAUCAUCAACUGAGGAUUGGGAUGUUGGCUCGUUCCAUGAAAACCACGGUCCGAUCAAUCUAAUGUCAGGAAGGUAGAGUGCGCGUGUUUGUAAAUGUCUGCUACUUUACUUGUAUAAAGAAAGCAAUCACAUCUCUAAAAGAGAAAAAAGAACUAAGAGGAGAUGGUAUUGAGGUAAAAAGAAGAUCAAAAGAUACUAGAUCAACUUUUCUUGCUAUACAGUUUAAAGGUUUAUUUGCUUUUGUUCAUUAUAAAACCAGUUUCAUGAUGAAUACAAAUUUGUUUGUGUUAUUGAUUGGUUAGAAACAAUUAUAAUUGCA